GGCGAUUAAUAAAUUUUUAUUAAUGAUAUAUAUUAUAUAAAAUAAUUAAGUAAAAUGUGUAAUAAAAAUAUGUAUUAUUAUGUACUUAAUGUCUAUUUUCUUUCACCAUUAUUAAGAAAACAGCCAAAGUUAUUUUGGGUAUACAUUGAAGGUUGACUGCCAACUUCAGAAAUUCAGAUCUACUUCUUCAAUUUAAUAUAUAAAAACGAUUUUGAUUAAAUUUAUUUAAAAAUGGACUCAGAUUCUACAGAAAUGGUGAAAGAAAUCAAAGAUAAGGUAAUAUUACAUUGGAAUUGUCGAGGUCUUGUGGAAUUUCCUGAAGCGAUAAGAAUCUAUGGAAGCCAUAUUCAAGAAAUAUAUUUAAAAUGGAAUAAAAUUACUACCUUACCUUCAUGGAUUGUAGAACUUUUUAAUGUUACUAAUUUGUAUGUUUAUGGAAAUUUGAUAAAGGAAGUACCUCCAGAACUUUGUCAAAUGAAUCAAUUAACAGUUCUUGAUUUGAGUGCUAAUAAAUUAGAGCAAAUAUCCCCUUAUAUAGGAAAUUUAAUAAGCUUAAAAUCUUUAUUACUAAAUGAAAAUUUUAUAGAUAAAUUACCAAAUGAAAUGAAUCAAAUGCAUAAUUUAGAAAUUUUGUCUAUUUCUGGAAAUAAAUUUGUUGCACUGCCAGAAUGGAUUGGUUCCUUACCUAAAUUAAAAGAAUUAAAUGCAGAUAAUAAUUACCUUAAAGAACUCCCAAAUAGAUUAACUUUAUCUCCACAGCUGUCAAUUAUUUCUGUAUGUUCUAACAGGCUAAGAUAUUUACCAUUAAAUGGAUUUGUAUCUUCUCCUUGCAUUAAAUUUGAUGCAAAUAUAUAUUUAAAUUAUUUAUCUUAUCCACUUCUUUAUCAACUAACAUCUCAAGUUCAAUAUUCAUUUAUUCAAGAUCAAAGAAAUAUUUUGGCUUAUGGAUGCUUUGCAACAUGUUAUGAAAAUACUACAUUACAUACACAUAUUAAAUUAAAAAUAAAAAUAAAUGAAAAGGAUACUGACUUUAUAAUAGAAUUACCACGUCAGCUUUUAAAAGUUCAUAAUAUACUUGAAAAUACAGUUAUUUCUUUAUGGGAAUUAUCUUUGAGAAAAGUUUAUACCGAAAGGUAUAAACAUACACUUAAUAUUUCUGUAUCACCUAUAAGCAUAAAUGUUCAAUAUGAACCAAUUCAAAUAAAAAAUUGUCAGAAACUUGAUUUUAAUGUUUCAUGUAACUUAUUAAUGAAUGGUCCAAUAAGUAUUUGUGUAAAUUUUCAAUGUCAACAACCAAUUUUUACAGAAGCUUGGAUUAUUAUUGGUAUGAAUUAUUAUGGAGAAGCUAUAACAACAGUUGCAUUAUGUUGCUGUAAAAGAUGUGCAGCUGAAUUUUCAAAACAUUCUAAUAUGACAAUUAGACAUACUUGGUACUGCAUAAAUUAAUAAUAUUAUUUAGAAAAUAAUUCUGUAAAUAUAUUACAUUAAAAAAAUAAGAAUUUAAUGUUUUCAAAUCAGACUAAAAAUCUUUGUAUCAUUUACAAUAUUUCUGAGUAAUAUUUAAUAUAUAUAAGUAUUAAA